AUGCUUUCCAGGUUAAGAAUUAAGCGCGAUUUUAAAUAUUUUAUUAGAUGUCUAUCAGAAAAACCCCCAGACCAUGAUACUAAGAUCCCAGAAAUUAAAAGUAAGGAACAGAAACAAGAAGAUUCAAAAUCUGAAUCAAGCACUGAAAAGAUUCAAGCUCUCUUAAAAAGUAUGUUAGCUGAACCUAAAAUAACUGAGAGCGAAUACAGAAAAAAGUUUACUACAGCACCUGAUAGACCAAAGAAACCAAAACGAGAUGUAGUAGAAGUAAAAAUGGCAAAAAUAGAGGAAAAUAUCACAAAGGCAGCGAGUGAGGUGGCAGAGGCUAUAGGUGGAAAUAUUAAGCAAACAGAAGCAGAACUUUUGUCUAAAGUUUUAGGCAAAAUUAAUCAAACUUCUACAUCUCUCAGUGACCUAAUAGUAGGAAUGAAAGUGGAUAGGACAAAGGACACUGAAGAAUCCCCUAGAGAGACUAGAGGUCAACAGGUAAAGCGAAUGAUGAGCAUAUCUAAACAAGAUCCCGAGAAGACUAGGUACAGCCAAAGGAAGCAACAGACUACGGAAAAGAAAAGAAGCUUAACUCAAGCAACAACAGUCAAUGUAUUUAGUGGGCAACCACUUGGCAUAUUCCAAGCUAAAGAAACAAACUAUGGGACAAAGCUUGAUGUGUGGGAGCAUCUUAGCCAGAGAGAAGUAACAUUAGCUACUUCUCAACCACCUGCUAAUUAUUUCCAAAAAAUGAUUCUCUGGACGGAACAAGGCAAGGUGUGGAAGUUCCCAAUCGAUAAUGAACAGGGGAUAGAAGAGGAACAAAAUGUUCACUUCUCAGAACACAUCUUCCUAGACUCCCACUUAGAAGGUUGGUGUCCAACCAAAGGGCCAAUUCGACACUUCAUGGAGCUUGUAUGUGUUGGACUUUCCAAAAAUGCUUUUUACACUGUGAAGGAAAAACAAGACCAUAUCAUGUGGUAUAAAGAAUAUUUCGAAUCUAAGAAGGACCUUCUCAAGGAAAUAGGUGUGUGGGAAAUACAAUCAAAUGAGGGAAAAAAUGAAAUUUCACCA